CCGUCGGGCCGAGGUAAAUAACAGUGUGAAGUGCUGAAGCUAGGGACUGUCGGGUCUAUAUUCAUCCACCUCAAGAAAUGGCAAAGAAAGCGGAGGACUCCGGGGAUUCAUGGCUGUGAUUAAGUGAAACAAAUCACCCUCCAUUCUCCAGCCCUACGUUAGGACCGGCCCCAGCCAUGUCGUCUCGUGUGUUGCUGCGGCAGCAGCUGAUGCGAGAACAAGCCCAGGAGCAGGAGAGACGCGAGGCCCAGCAGCAGGCCUCUGCCUCUCAGCUCCGGGCCUCUGACUCCACUCCAGCUAUCUCAGUCACUCUGCCCCCAAAUGCUGCCCGCCCGCCGCCGGCUCAGGUGCCCGUUGAGGUGCUGAAGGUGCAGACCCACUUGGAGAACCCCACCGAGUAUCACAUCCGGCAGGCACAGAGGCAGCAGGUGAAGCAGUACCUCUCCACCACGUUGGGGAACAAGGCGGUCACUCAGACCUUGAGCGUUUCCCCGGUGCCGCAGUCCAGUUCUGCCCCUGAAGUGGCCCCGACUGCCAGCAGUGCCCCCAACAGUCCCAUGGCUCUACUGAACAUCGGCUCCAACAAGGAGGAAAUUGACGACGUGAUCGAUGACAUCAUAAGCCUUGAAUCCAGCUUCAAUGACGACAUUAUUACACUGAUCGACUCAGGUCUGCAGCUGCCCAGCACGCUCCCAGGAAAUCUGUUGGAUGUCUACCAUAGCCCUGGAAUGGCAGCGCCUACUCUCACUGUCAGCAACUCCUGCCCUGCUGAUCUUCCGAAAAUCAAAAGGGAAAUUACGGAUGCAGAUGCCAAAGCACUAUUAAAAGAAAGACAGAAGAAAGACAACCAUAACCUCAUUGAGAGGAGGCGAAGAUUCAACAUCAAUGAUCGUAUUAAAGAGUUGGGAACUCUGAUACCCAAGUCAAGUGAUCCAGAGAUGCGCUGGAAUAAAGGCACCAUCCUCAAAGCCUCCGUGGACUACAUCAGGAAGUUACAGAAGGAGCAGCAGAGAUCCAAGGAUGUUGAGAUGCGGCAGAAAAAGCUGGAGCAGGCGAACCACAGCUUGAUGUUACGCAUUCAGGAACUGGAGAUGCAGGCGCGACUCCACGGCCUGUCGAACCCCAGCGGCAUCCCGGCAGGCCUCGGCUCCGAUCCCGCUCUGCUCCAGCAGCAGCAAGCGGCGCCGCAGCCCGGACAGGCCGCCCCUCCCGGCGCCGGGGGAGCCGCCACCCAGAGCCUGCUGGGCCUGGCGGCCGCCGGGCAGCCGCUGCCGGCCUCCUUCCUGUCCCCGCCCUCCUCGGAGUCCCCCGCGGGGGUCACCAUCAGCAGCCCGCUGGACCUGGGCAGCCUGAGCUUCGCCGAGCUGGACGAGGGCUCCGCCUCGGCGCUCUACCCCGACGUGGGGCUGGGGGACAUCCUCAUGGACGAGGGGUGCGCCCUGUCCCCGGAGACGGCGGGCGAGCCGCUGUUCUCCCCUCUGUCACCCGGUGCCUCCAAAACCAGCAGCCGCAGGAGCAGCCUGGAGAUGGACGAGGACUUGUGAUGAACCGCGUGCGGCCGGAGACUUUCCGCCGUCAGGAGGCCGCGGCCGCCCAGGAGCGUCCCGCCGCUCAGAGUCAUAACAUCUACCGUUAAGAACAAAACUAAUGCCGCUUUAGAAGAUGGUAUAUUCUCCUGGAAGCGUUUGCCAUACAGACCUAAUUAUUACAGCUCCUGUGCGGAGCUGCUCAGACCGCAACGUCCGAGCUCAUAGAUGCAAUCUUAUUAAAAUGGAAUAUUGUAUAUUAGGGGCAUGGACCUAGUGUUUAGGAGUAACACAUUCUUAUAUAGAUUUUAAGAUGAAAUCAAGAGAUUUAAGAGGGAUAUAGUGUUUGCUUGAAUUUAUUAUGUAUGCUUAAAAUAUUUGUAGGGAGAAAAAAAAGAAGAACAAGCUGUGAGGUUUCUAUUUUACGACAAUACCGGCAUAACAGACGCAUUAAGAGAUGCCAACAUCCAGUUUGUUUGGUUUUUUUUGUUUUGUUUUUGUUGUUGUCGUCUCUUUAACUGACUGGAAUCAGGGUUUCUUAAUAGCAUGCUCAUCCAUGUUGAGUUGUUUCACCAGCAGCUACAGAAGGGAUCUUUGUAAAGUGAAUUGGCACAUUGUGAAAUAUUUACUGCAUAUUGUAUAUAAGAGUAUUUUAUUUUGAGCAAUUUUAUUGCACCUUAUUUUAUGGCAGUCUAUGCAUUUUAUGAGAGCUUUGUGUCUGUUUUUAUUCCGAUCUCACACACAGUGGACAGCAAACGCCCAGGUUGCAUGUGUUUCUAAAAAAACAAACAAACAAAAAAAAACGUAAUUAAAAUGUUUUUUUAAAAAAAUAAAACGUAAAAAGCAGCUAGGUAGCCAAAGCAGGAUUUCUUCUAGAGUAGCUACAAAUUACAAAUCAGCUCUUUUUAUUUAGAGAUCCACGCGUUCAAUGGAAAUGCAAGCGUGUGAGAAAUGCAGAUCAAUUUUGUCCUUUACACUCGUACUGUAGUUGAUGACAUUUGUUUUUAUACCUAAGAGCGCGGUAAGUCGUUCCUCCUGACUAAUACGUGUCGUCCGAUAACCUCAUUUUAGUUUUCACAAAGUGACUCUUCCAGAAAGCAUGAUCUCCGAGGAUUUGUUUUGUUUUUGUUUUUUUCCCCCAACAUAUAUCGGAUUUUGCAUUGCUGCGCUUUCUGAUCUGAAUUCAGAAGGUUUUGACCUUCUUUUGAAACAACCACUAUUCUCACCUCUCUAAUAAUAAUAAUAAUAAUGUAUAACUGUGUGUUUGUUGAGUGGAAACUGCAAAGCGAUUACUAUUCUAUUGAAUAACCACGAGCGUUAGAAAGGCAUUGAAUUUGUCAGAGGCUUAACACAAUCUGAUGUACAGUUAAUGAAUGUGUGUUUGACAAAGUACCUGCAUAUUCUAACUUUUUGUAACACUUCACACUGUUUUUUUUUUUUUUUAGAAAGUGUUUGAAAGCAGCCAAAAAAAACAGCAUCUGUUUUACGGAUGCAUCUCAAAAUAUUAGAAAACAAUGGAAAAGUUCUAUAAUUUCACAUAUGUGAACUGUUUUAAUCUUUUUUUUUUUUUUUUGCUUCCUUAUAAUGUUAGUAAGUCAUUCAGAUCAUGAGUCUGUGAUCUUAAAGUAUUAUGUUUCAUGAUGUCAGAUGUUUUAACUAAUUAUCAAAGAUUAAAUGAAACCUUUUGGUUUAUAAUUAUUCUAUUGUAAUAUUUGGAUUUGCCCCUUUGCACCGUCGUGAAUUGAUUCUGGACUUUAAGAGUUGUUCAAGCUGAAAGCUUCUCCACUCCUUCACUGUGUUUGUCCUCAGACCUGUCGUCGCAGGUCACCGCUUCCCACGGUAACAUUCGUUUGAGUGCUAACACUGACUGUUAACCAUCAGCAUUACUUCCGUAUCUCGUUCCCACAAGUAGGCUCCAGAAAGGUUUUUAACAAAUAAACGAUUCUCCAUCA